UGAGCUGAAUUUGCGUUUAGGCGGGUCGGUACGGUUUCAGAGAGAGGAGGGAGAGAGCACCCACCGUCAUGGAGAGGGACCCAGAGACGGCGGCCGACUCCGAUGCUCAUCCUCCGUCUUCGCCUCCUCCGUCGUCAUCUCCGCCUCCUCCCUCUCCUCCUCCUGCUCCUACUGCUCCUGUAGUGGAAUCAGCUACUAAAUCGCGGGCUGCAGACGGAGGAGCGAACGAUCCCGGAGCAGCGGCGGCGGAAGGGUCGGCCUGUGGAGGUGGUGGAGGUGGGGGAGCGGUUCCGGCGGAGGACCGAGUGAAGGGGCCGUGGUCGCCGGAGGAGGACGCGAUACUGAGCAAUCUCGUGAGCAAGUUUGGGGCGAGGAACUGGAGCCUGAUUGCACGGGGAAUCCCCGGCCGCUCUGGAAAAUCGUGCCGCCUCCGGUGGUGCAAUCAACUCGACCCUUACGUCAAACGGAAGCCCUUCACUGAGGAAGAGGAUCGUAUCAUAAUUGCUGCCCAUGCAAUCCAUGGUAACAAAUGGGCAUCGAUUGCGAGGCUCUUGGAGGGAAGAACCGAUAAUGCGAUAAAGAAUCACUGGAAUUCUACUCUCAGGCGUAGAUGUUUUCAGGUUGAGCAGUACAAAGCAGCAACAUGUGAUGCUUUGCAAGAUGCUAGUGCAGAGAAAGCCAAAGGAUCUUCAGAAGAAAGUCCAUCCAUUGGGGAUGUUAAUUCCUUCAAGUCCUUGGAAGGAAGAGAUGUUAACUCAAAAGAGAACAUGUCUGAGACUUCUGAAGAUAUAGGCAAUGUCAGAGAUGACACUUCUGAAGUAAAAGACCCACCUUACCUGUGCCGACCAGUUGCAAGAGUAAGUGCCUUCCACCCAUAUAAUCAUGUGUCUGGUCAGUCAUGUGGUUCUUUAUUGUCAAGACCAGUUCAAAUGCAUGGAUUGCUACCCCAAGCCUUUCAAACUGGAGCUGGAAUCUCCAAAUUGCUCGAUGGUAAUUGCAGUGAACCUCAGGUGCCACCGCGAUGUGGCCAUGGCUGUUGUAGCAUUCAGAAUGAUGGCCAUCCUCAAAACUCAUUGUUGGGCCCUGAGUUUGUUGAAUUUGUGGGGCUUCCCCCCAUUUCAAAUCAAGAACUGUUUUCAGUAGCCUCGGAGUUGAGCAGUAUUGCGUGGCUUAAAAGUGGCUUGCCGAUUGGUAGCAGCUGUACGUAUAGUGGCUCACCUGGUCAGAUAGCUCCACCAGGGGGACAUGUACAAUGAGUACAAUAGAGAGGGUUACAAGGAUGAUCACUUGCAGCUUGAAGACAGCAAAACUAGAUGAGUUAACAAUGGCUAAGUAUUUAAUGCAUGUCAAGGUCGCUUUCUCAUCUAGUUGCUGAAACUUGAGGGCAUGAACCAAGCACUCUAGUUUUAAUAUGCUAGGGAGGGGCUAGGAUACCCUGGGGAGAUGGCAUAGCUUCCGUUUAUUUAUAGAAUAAUAAACUAGUAAGUUCCAUGGGAUAAACCUUUAGAUCUUGGCAGGGCGAAAAAGUAUCUUUGAUUUCUGUGCUGUACUUUGUUACUUUUUGGUAAAACAAUAUAUGGGCGGUCAGCCAAAUAGAAGUAUGUCCUCUUCAGCUUCUAUUGCAGAAACUAUGCUUCUUUGCUGAUACAGCACAGAGACA